UCCCUUCGCAAAUUAUCUCUUUUGCAUACCUUGGAAUCUUCUAGUGAAAAUAAAAUGACAGAACUCGAUCUAACGGAACUAGACCCAGUCUCGAGGCGCAAGAUCCAGAAUCGCCUCAACCAACGAGCAAGCCGGAAGAGAAAGGCCAUUGAAAAACAAUCCAAGGGACAAACAAGACGAUGGGUCGUUUACACGGAUGAGGCGUACUCCUUGGCGCGGGAUGAUUGCAAGGAGAGCAAGGUAGUGGCAAACCACCAUCCACGACUCGAAAGCCCACCAAAGGAGUCGAACAGAGACAAUCAGUAUCUCUGCGCAUUGAAUCACAUAUCACGCGCGCAAUAUCUGUCUCAACUAAGAAUCAAAGUAACCAAUAGCGUUGCGGACAACCUCCAAGCCUCCAGUGUUCUCCUAUCCGUGACCCAGUUUAACACGAUGCGAGCGAUGGUCGCAAACGCCGAGACGAUGGGAUUGUCGCUACAAGUUUUGUGUGAGGAUAUCGCAUCACUGUUCAAUAUUUCUGGUCCGGGCCACGGGAUUUUACAACUACCACCCAGUCUGCAACCGAGUUCCUCGCAGAAACAGAUUAUCCAUCACCCAUGGAUCGAUAUUAUUCCCAUACAGUCUCUCCGCAACAGUCUCCUGUCUCAACUGGAUGUUUACGAUGAAGAUGAAAUAUGCACUGAUUUUUACGGAAUGUGCGACCCAUCGGCGCAAUGUGGACUCAUUGUAUGGGGGGAAUCAUGGGAUCCUUCCGCUUAUGAAGUUUCUGAGGGAUUUUUCAGAAAAUGGAGUUGGCUGCUGAAAGACUGUACCGAUCUCAUACAGUCGACGAACUAUUGGAGAAAAAAACGGGGAGAGAGGCCAUUGAAGCUCGAACCUACUUGUACACAUGAUCGAGUUCAAGAGGUUGAAUAA